AUGGCUGCAGCUACAGAUAGGAAUAAUACUCGCGGUACGAUUCUGAUCACUGGUGCAUCGGCAGGCGUUGGUAUGGAAGCCGCCAAGGCUCUUAUGCAGGACGGUUGGCAUGUUGUUGCCGCCGUUCGUAACGUUGAGAAAGGUCGUCGUGUACUUGGAGAACAAGCUGAUGUCAUGGA